AUGUUAUCAAAUAUGGGGAUCAGAAGACCUCAACAAGCUAAUGAGGUGGAUUUACCCGAGAGUAUUGGUUCCCACUCUUCAUAUUCAAUAGAGGACACGUUCACAAGUACCAGCAAUCCAAGUACUACAAGAACUGUAAGCCCAACCCCCUCCAUUUCUCAAAAUGUUAAAACUAGUUUGAAAAUGGCUACUUCUACAACCACCGUCAGUACUAUAAGUUCAAAUAAUACCUAUACUUCGGAUACCCAUCAUGCUGCCAGAAUUAAUAAAAAUAAUGAUAUCGACCUUUUCAGAGUAAUAGAUCCUUAUCCUGCUUUACCGCCAAGUUAUGAAGAUACCAACCCAAAUAAUAGAAUCACGUUUCCAAUUUAUGAAAAUACCAAACCUUGUACUAAAGAUAUAAAACCUCCUCCUUAUUCACAGACCCUGUAUCAUUACACUUUAGUUUCUAUUAAACAAGAAUGGAUCUCACCCUAUUCCAUCUCUCCAAGUAGAAAUUGGGUUAAUUAUAUAAUGGAACUUAAUUCAACGCAAUUAAACUUUUAUAAAAUCGAUCAAGAACUAACCAGUGAAAUAAGAGGGUAUUCAAAUGGUGAUAUGAGGAAAGAAAAUGGUAUGCCAAACAAUGGGAACCCUUUCCAAUUAUUUGCGACUAAAAAUGCAUAUAUUAUAGACAAAGUCGAGCAUGAACUUAUAAUGAAAUCGAUAGCUAAGAAUCCAUCCAAAUAUAUGACAAAUUGCACGAUGUAUAGAACAUAUUCAUUGCAAUUUGGCCAAUUGGGAAUUCCAACAGAUUAUAAGAAAAGAUCCCACGUCUUACGACUACGUUGUGAGGAAAAUCAAUUUCUAGUUAAGUUUACUUCUGUAGAUGAACUAAUAAUGUGGUCGAUGUAUAUUAACAUGGGCAUUUCCAUUUCUUUGGAUCUUGAUAGAAGAGAAUUCCCAAAUUAUAGAGUAGUGCCAAGAAGAAGAAGAAGAAGGAGACACAGACGAAAGAAUAAAAAAAGAAAGCCAAAGACUUUGGAUGACAUAAAUACAAGUAUUUUAAAUACGAAUUCAAAUACCAUAGGACAACAUUUAAGAAUAAAAUCAAAAAGUCUUACUUCGAUGACGAGCUCCAAAGAGGUUAGGAACAAUAGAUUAGAUAGGGUAUUAAGUUUAGAUGGAGGAUCACAGAACAUAUCCAAUGAUGAAUCUCAAACAUUCAAGUCUAAAUUGAAAGGAUUUUUUAGAUCACCAAGGAGACGCACCAACUCUUCUCAUUCCCAUUCCAGUAGUUUUUAUCCGCAAUUUAAUAGCUUGCAAGAUCUAUUGGAAGUCGAUGAGGACACUACUGAAAACAGACAAUAUUUUGUUGAAUCUAAUUUCACUCCAACGACUAUUACUAAGAUAGAUUCAUAUUCUAAGAAUAUAUCAAGCAACAGAAACGUGGGUAAUUAUGAUAAUGGUCAUGAUAAUGAUGACCAUGAUGACGACGUUACAGAUGCAACUCAAAAUUUAAAUAUUUUAAGAAUCGAUACAAUUAAUUCGGGAAUUACAAAUGAAUCUAUGGAAAUUGGUGAAAUCCCAUUUCCUACAGAAAAGUCUGAAACCUAUAAAACGUUAGAUCCUUUGUCUCAGUCAAACUCCGAUGUUAACGAGACAGACAGUGGAAUGCCAACAAGCGCUGAUAUCGAUGACUUAGACGAUGAAUUGGAAGACGAUGAGUUGGAAGACGAGUAUGAUCUAGACUCUGAUGAAGAGAACUUAGAUAUCGAACAUGAUCCUGAAAGAGAAGAAUCAAAUGGACAAUAUUUCAAUAACAGUGACCCCAGAAGAUCUGUCUACGUAGAAGAAGGAAUGUUUCAGGAUAGCGAAGAUGACUAUGAAUACAUUGUUGUUGAUGACCAUCCAAUCCAUUCUAGUGGUCGUAGAUUAAGAUCGACUUCUAGAGUUAGCGUGGGUUCAAAUGUUCCAUACGGAAGCGACGAUAUCAAAUGGAAUCCUCCUAUUAAAGUCAUGUCUCGUAGAAGAUAUAUUAAGGAUUCCAUUAGAUGCAUUAGAGGAUUACUUGAAGAGAAAUCCUGGGUAGGGCAAAGUGUAGUCAGAAAAAUAGAUUAUCCACCUAAUGAAGUCAUCAAUUCUCCAAUAUAUAUUGCCCAGACCAAUGGAGACAAGUCAAAAUUAAAAAGAACAACCAAAUUUGACCCAUCAUCAUAUCAAACUAGAAACCAUUGUUUGAAGGAAUACCUAGUCGGCCCAGUUUCUUUUGUUAAACCAUCUUCAAGGCAAUACCUAUUUGCAUGA